AUGUUCCCGGCCAGCCUGUGCCUCGUCGCUGCGCUCCUGCCCGCCGCCUCCGGCUACCUCUGGGCGUGGAUGUACUCCCUGCCCCAGCACCCGCCGGGCGAAGCCACCCUGGGCCGCAGCGCCAAGGCCCCGGGCAGCCCCGAGGAGGCAACGGCGACGUGCAGCCCAGCCAGCCCCUGCGCCCCAGGACGCUUCUGCGACGAGCACUUCGGGCUGUGCCUGCCCCGGCGCCAGGAGGGCCAGUACUGCCGCCGCGACGCCCACUGCGCCCGCGGCCUCCUCUGCAUGUUUGGCAAGUGCCAGCAGCCCGCGCCGGACGGGCAGGAGGGAGCCCGCUGCCGGGGGGACGAGGACUGCGGCGCCGGGGCCUGCUGCGCGCGGCAGCACGGCGAGCGGGUGUGCAAGAGGCGGCUGGCGCUGGCGCAGGGCUGCCACGUGCCCCCCGGGGGCCUGGCCUUCAGCAUCAACCAGCUGUGCCCCUGCCUCGAGGGGCUCGUGUGCCGACCCGGCGAGCCCGGCCGAGAGAAGGCGACCGAGUACCGGCCCGAGAAGAGUGAGUGGCGAUGCCGGCAGCCCUGA